AUUAUAUUGACCAAUCUCUUCCCUUAACAUUAAUUUGUGGCCUUUCCUUUUAGCUGUCGUCUUUACUCGAUCAUCACAAACAUUAUGUCGUCUUCAUCUUCCUACAAACAGUUUGCUCACUUACGAAUCCCACUUGAAGAGAUAGUCUCCGGCACCACCAAUUUUUCUAAUGCAAAUCUCAUUAGAGAAAGUGCAUUUGGAAAGGCUUACAAAGGACACCUCUUUCGGUCGGAACAACAGAUUGAUAUUGUUGCAGAAAGGUUAGAUCGUAAGCAUGGAUACGGAGACGUCGAGUUCUGGAAGGAGAUUUCGAUGCUUUCUAGUCUCAAGCACGAAAACCUGGUAUCUAUUAUUGGGUUCUGUGAAGAGAAAGAUGAGAAGAUCAUCAUAUACAAGGAUAAGGUCAACGGAAGUCUCGACAAACUUCUUAGAGACCCGACCCUCACAUGGAUGCGGAGAUUGCAGAUAUGUGUUGGUGUUGCGCACGCGUUGAGUUACAUUCAUUAUGAUAAGCGACGCGAUUUUAGCGUCAUACAUCGUGAUAUCAGGAGCUCAAAGAUCUUACUAAAUGACCACUGGGAAGCGAAGUUAUCUGGUUUUGAACUUUCCAUCAGUCAGAAAGCAGCUCGAAGAAACCGACUUUGCCUUAUUAAUGUUCGUGGCAUGCGUGGGUAUUGUGACCCAACGUAUGUCAAGAGUGGAAGUGUGACCCACAAGUCGGAUAUGUAUUACUUUGGUGUAUUGUUAUUUGAAGUAUUGUUCGGAAAGAACGCAGUGAUGGUUAACGAGGUUAAUAGGUUGCUAGCCCCGUUGGCGAUAUCUCAUUAUGAAGGUGGAAGAUUAGAUGAUAUGAUCGAUCCGGUUCUAUGGAAACAGAUGGAUCCACAAUCAUUCAAGAUCUUUUCAGAAAUAGCAUAUUACUGCUUGAAGAAACAACGAUCACAGCGUCCAAACAUAGAUCAGAUUGUUAUGAAACUUGAGAAAGCAUUGGAGUCUCAACAGAAACAUGAAAAUCCUGCUUACUCGACGGUUGAAGGCAUAGCCUCCAAAACCUUGAAGGGGAAAAAUGUGGAACACUUACGCAUCCCACUAAGUGAUAUAGUGUCGGCCACCAAGAAUUUUUCUAAAACAUACUUAAUUGGGUCAGGCACGUAUGGUGAUGUAUACAAAGCGGAGCUUGACCAUUUUGAUGACAAGUAUUUCCUUCCACUACAAGAGAAGCAAAAAAGCGAACUUCCCAAAAAGCGUAGCAUUGUAGCUAUAAAACGGAUAUUGGUUAGAGAAGACAAGCAAGGAGAACAAGGGUUCCUUGCUGAAAUUGAAAUGCUUUCAAGUUGUAAGCAUCCCAACAUAGUCUCUCUUCUUGGCUUUUGUGAGGAAGGUCCUCAUAUGAUACUUGUUUAUGAGCAUGCUGCUAACGGAAGCCUUGAUAAUUAUUUGGAAGGUAGUGGUAAAUUGGCUAAUCUUAGUUGGAUGCAACGUAUAAAGAUCUGCAUUGAUAUUGCACGCGGGUUGCAUUACCUUCAUACAAAGAUAGAGGAUGAACGAAGGAUAAUACACCGUGACAUAAAAAGUGGUAACAUUUUAUUAGGUGAGAAUUGGGUGGCAAAGAUUGCUGAUUUUGGGCUCUCCAAAUUCCACCCGAAGAGUCAACAAAGGAACACUCUGUAUACAGAACAUAUUGCAGGCACAAAAGUAUAUUUGGAUCCAGAAUAUGAUAACACAGGUAAGUUGAAAAACGAAACAGAUAUUUACUCAUUCGGAGUUGUUUUAUUUGAGGUCCUGUCUGGAAGGUUUGCAAAUGAUCUGAUUUACACCAAAGAAGAUAGCAACGGGUUUGCACCUGUCGCACGAAGACGCUUCAAUGAGGGCACAAUAAAGGAAAUUGUUGAUCCUCGAUUACUUGAAGAAACGCAUGAAAGUGUUUUCACCCUAAAUAAAGGACCUGAUCAGGAUUCCCUUGACGCAUUUUCAAAAAUUGCAUAUCAGUGUGUUGCAGAAAAUCAAGCUGGGCGCCCCACAGCGGAAGUCAUCAUCAAGAAACUUGAGGAAGCAUUAUCUUUUCAAGAAAACAUCAAGGACAACCUCAAACUUUCACUAGAAGGUUUAAUAUCGAUCACGGAAAACUUCAGCAGUAAGAACGAGAUUGGUAAAGGAGGAUUUGGUAAGGUGUACAAAGGAGAAGUUGCAUAUGCUGAUGGACGCAAUACCAUUGCCGCAAAGCGGUUGGAUAAGAGUUUAGGUCAAGGAGAAUAUGAAUUUCUGAUGGAGCUUGAAAUUCUUUUCGAGUAUAAACACGAGAAUAUCAUUGGUCUUGUAGGUUAUUGCAACGAAAUGGAUGAAAAUAUCAUUGUUUAUGAGUACGCAUCUAGAGGAAGUCUUGACAAACACUUGAGCAACAAUGGUCUUACAUGGAGGAAACGGCUUGAGAUAUGCAUUGAUAUUGCAAGUGGCUUGGAUUUCCUUCAUGGAGGUGCGGUAACACAAGAGGUAGUGAUACAUAGAGACAUCAAAAGUUAUAACAUUCUACUAAAUGAUGAUUGGAAAGCAAAAAUUGCUGAUUUUGGGGUUUCUUUAAUAAGUCCAAUAAAUAAGGAUAUGGACUAUGUGAUUACUAAUCCUUGUGGCACAAUCGGCUAUAUUGACCCAUUAUACUUGAAAUCCGGUUUCUUAACGAGAGGGUCCGAUAUAUACUCGUUGGGUGUGGUGUUAUUUGAGAUCUUGUGUGGUAGACUCGUGUGUGAAAUCAUCAAUGGCAAACUUCAAAUUCUAACCAAUUUGUUUAAACGCCACUACCAAGAAGGAAACCUCGAUGAGAUGGUUUUUGAAGGUAUAAAGAAACAAGCUGUGCCCAAAUCGUUGACCACAUUUCAAGCGAUUGCCUACCAAUGCUUACAUGAUGAAAGUAAAAAUCGACCAACAACAAGUGAGGUCCUACUACAACUCAAAAGAGCAUUGGAGUUCCAAGAGGAUUAUGAAAUAUGGGCGCCCAAAUUGCCUAAUGAUUAUGAACAAACAUUUAAAAUGUCAAACUUCCCUGAGAUCCACUCCAUUGAAAAGAAAAAGAACCUCUACGACAUGCUCUGCAAAGGAAUACUCCUUCAAGAAGGCAAAAUGUUAUUUUCACUGGGCGAUAAUGGAGAACGAAAUGGAAUGAUAUCAGCGAGAAAGUUUCUAUACAAACGUCGGUCAGGUUCACAUAAGUGGCGAUCUGUUCCAGAAUCAAGGUUUGAUAAAGUAGCAAAGAUGUUAGAUCUAUCGAAUCUAAAUAUCCAAGUAAAGAUAAAACCUCAAUUUUUAUCUCCGGGCGUCAACUAUGGUGUUUAUCUAGUUUUUAAAUUUUGCGAAUCAAGAAAAUCUGUAACAAAUCGGAUGUACGUGAACCUAAAGUACAAAAUGGGGAGGGAAACCUUACAUACAUAUUUUGCAACACGGAGAGAAGAUGGGUGGAUGAUGAUUGAAAUGCAUCGAUUCUUAAAUCAUGAGAAAGAUGAUGACUUUGAGUUUCUACUAGAGAGCUUUUCGCGAUGCUACUGUGAAAGCCAUGACAUCUAUAUUCAAGGCAUCGAGUUUCGGGCCAUUGAUAAUGUCAAACAUGAAGAAAUCAAGAAAUUGAAGGAAGUCCAACAACUCUCGAUCAAAUCAGACUUGAACAUGGAACACGUGCAACAAUUUUCAACUAAUUUUGAGAAAGAAAUUGACAGAUUUGAAGAUUAUGAUGAGGGUGAAAAGUUGUUCUCGCUAAACAAAGUGAUCCUAAAAAAGAAACAUUAUGUAAUCUCAGCAAAGGAGGCUGUUUACAAAUCUACUGAUGUGAAGCUUUUCAAUGUGCUACCCUCAACCCAUUCCAGAUUCCAAAAUGCAAUUGAGCUUCUAAGACAACAAGUAUUUCGUAUCAAGUGCAAGAUUGAAAGUCAAAGGUUGUCACCAGAUACAGAAUACACAUGUUACCUUGUGUUCAAGCUCUCAGAAAAAUGCUAUGGCUUGCAUUGUCCGGUGAUAGUACGAGAUUUACUCCAACAACGCAAAAACAAAGAGAAGGGAAUUAUUUAUUUUAGAUCCCCAAGCCCAUGUAAUGUCAAUGAUACUGAUCGGGUUCCAAAAGAGAGGGAAGAUGGAUGGAUGGAAGUCAAUGUGUGGAAAUUUAACUCAAGUAAUGAGAUUCGAGAUGAUUGUGCUUAUAUCAAUUUGAAGCUCAUAAGUUAUAAAGGUACUAUGUCUGGCCUUAUUAUAAGCAGCCUUGAGUUUCGGCCGUUGUAAGCAGAUAUAUGAGAUAAUGAUGUGACUUGUGAGCUGAUAUGGAAAACAUAGUGAACAUUAUACAAUUGUUUUAGCUUUACAAUGAUUCUAUACUUGUGUUAGGAGUAUGACAUCUCAUACUUCAUCAGAAACCAUCUUAUUUAUUCCUUUGUUUAAUUGUUUUUUAUUAUUAUUCCUUUGUAUAAUUUGUAUAUUACAUGUUC